CCCUGCGACACUCACACACAAACUCUCAAACACACACACGCACAUACACACUUAGCGGUCCAGCAUGGAGGCGCCUGCUCCGAGCAGCUAACUCUGGAGCAGCUGGAGCGCAUAUCUUGCUGAAUGGAGUACCUGUGGACUGACAGCAUCGCAUGAGACUGACAUUAGCAGCCUGCUCUACCAUGGAGUUUGGAAAGGUUUGGUCCAGAUAUCAGAGGACGCUGCUCAUCACCAUGAUGAUGUUCAAACUGGGCCUGCUGUGCACAGCAGCAGAAGAUGUGUGCUUAUCGUCUCCUUGCAACAACGGCGGCUCUUGUUUUGACCACUUUGGCGACUACGUGUGCCUUUGCCCCAAAGAACCAGUGUGGUACACAGGUAAAAACUGUGAGGACCUGUAUGAUGCCUGCAUCGAUGCAACUUGCAGCAAUUGCACAAGCAAACCUGGAACUGGCAAGUACAGCUGCCUCUGCCCGGGUGGUUUCGCAGGGCUCAAUUGCACCCAGGGUGUUGAUGAAUGUCAGAGUAGCCCCUGCCAGGGUAAUAAGUCCUACUGUGUCGAUGGAGUCAAUGGCUAUUCUUGCCACUGUCCAAUUGGUUUUGGUGGUGAGCACUGCCAGGAUAAUGUGACCAAAUGUUCAGAGGAAACAUGCCAGAACGGUGGCACCUGUACGGACAUCCCUGACACUGGGCACCUGUGCCAGUGUGCUGCAGGAUACCAGGGGACAAACUGUGAGGAGAACGUAGACGAGUGCCAGUCGGAGCCCUGCCAGAAUGGAGCCAUCUGUAAAGAUGGAGUGAAUGCAUACCAGUGUUUCUGUGUGCCAGGAUUUCAAGGCUCCCGCUGUCAUUUGGACAUCGACGAGUGUGCCUCCCGACCCUGUCAGAAUAAUGGCACGUGUUGGGAUGAGGUAGAUCACUACAGGUGUGACUGUGCUCCAGGCUAUAAAGGGAUUAACUGCGAGGUGGAGAUCGAUGAGUGUGAGGUUCGUCCCUGUCAAAAUGGCGCCACCUGCCGAGAUCAUGUUGCCAUGUACUCGUGUGAGUGCGUGGCUGGGUUCCAGGGGCAAGACUGCGAAGUCGACAUUGAUGAAUGUGCCAGCUGGCCCUGUCUAAAUACAGGAAAAUGCAUAGAUGGUGUGAACAGUUAUAUCUGUGACUGUGAGGGGACAGGCUUUGUAGGCGACUACUGUGAAGAGGAUAUUCCUGAAUGUGCUUCUGACCCCUGCCAGAACGGAGCCACGUGUUUGGAGGGGACCAAUCAGUACAAGUGCCUGUGUUGGCCAGGUUACAAGGGAGACGACUGCCAGGUGGAUAUAGAUGAGUGUGAGCAGCAUCCCUGUCACAAUGGUGGAAAGUGUUUUCAACGCUCAGAUGUCGUGAACUACAGAAAGCUUCCUGAACUCAGCACUGCUGACUUCAGUUAUGAUGUGGCCGCCGGCUUCAUCUGUCAUUGUCUGCCAGGAUUCAUUGGAGACGACUGCUCUGUUAAUGUGGACGAGUGUGAGUCUGCUCCAUGUCAGCAUGGAGGAAGCUGCCAGGACCUCGUCAACUCUUAUCAGUGUGUCUGUCCAGAUGGCUUUACAGGUGUACACUGUGAGGUAGACAUCAACGAGUGUGACAGUAAUCCUUGCAAGAACGGUGCCACCUGCGAAGAUGCUGCCAAUUCCUACAGGUGUCACUGCCCUGUGCUGGAGCCCGUCCAUGAGCCCUGGGGGGGGCCAGACUGCGACGUCAGGCUCGUCGGCUGCCGGCAGCACCAGUGCCAGCACGGAGCAGGCUGCGUCCCUGUUUUGAUCAAGAACGGUGAACACGGCUACACCUGUGUGUGUCCUGCUGGCUGGACAGGAGAUCACUGCAAUACCUCCACCACCUUCUCCUUCAACUCAGAGGGUUACGUCCAUAUGCAGUUGCCUGUCUUCAAGAACAAGACGAAGCCAAAUGUUCUACACAUGCAGCUUCGAUUCAGGAGUACUCUUCCUGACAUGGUGCUCUACUACCGGGGCACCGUGGAGAACUUUGUCUCUCUCGAGCUUGUCAAAGGCUCCCUCCAAGCAAAGGUAAAAUCAGGGAAGCUACUGUGGGCCAAUUACCCAGGCCCAGUCAAUGAUGGAGAAUGGCACACGGUAACCGUGACCAUGGAUGAGAGAUUGGUUCUGGCUGUAAAAGGACCCGGCUGUGAGGAAGGAUGCCAAGUAAAGAAUGAGGGUCGAAACCAUCUGAUCUUCCUCCAAUCCAGCUCCUUCCAACAGCUGUAUAUAGGAGGGGCACCACAGAAAUAUGUGGGCAACUUGUCCAGUGGAAAGGCAUUCAUCGGCUGCAUGGAAGACUUUCAAGUUGACUAUAAGCUGCUGCUGCCUCAAGAUCUCAUCAGGGAGGAGAAUUCAGGCUUGGAACUGGGAUGUACCAAACCAGACUGGUGUGGUGAGGACCCAUGCAUGCAGCGUGGACAGUGUGUGGAUAUGUGGGUCGGUGCCAGCUGUCAGUGCCAUCGACCGUACUAUGGAGAAAACUGUGAAAAAGAGUACCCUUCCUGGACCUUUGGACAUGAAAACAGCACCAGCUAUUCUAUGUUCAACAUAUCAGAAACUCACGGUGACAACUUCACCGUUUCGUUUUUUAUGCGCUCUCUCAAACACAGUGGCAUGCUCCUGCAGUUCCAUCGAGAAGGAGACGCCUACCUGACUAUCUACCUGAAAGAAGGCACUGUUGCUCUCUACAGUCCUCACACCACGCUUCUCUCAGAAGCGAGAUCAGUUACUGAUGGGAAAAAUAAUUUGGUGAUUGUAAAGGUACAUUGUGGCCAUGUGGUUUUUCCCAAAGCGGGCAAUAAUCGUGCCUUAGGAAAUGUGAGUGUAGAAGCCGGGGAUGUGGCAUAUGUUGGAGGGCUCCCUGCAGGCAAGAGCACGAAUGCCUGGGGUGGAAACUUCAAGGGCUGUCUGCAGGACAUUCGACUGGAUCACAAGCAUCUGGUUGCUGAAGGUUAUCCAGAGGGGAUGGAGGUUUACCAGGCAAGCACUGAGGAUAACCUGCUGCCAGGAUGCCAAAGUGAUGAUACGUGCAAGGAUGAACCGUGUUUCAAUGGUGGACAGUGUCAGGUAACCUGGAAUGACUUCAGAUGCAACUGCUCCACCAACUACCGGGGUCAGCUAUGCGAGACUCGCUUGUGGUGCGUCGAAAAGCCCUGCCCCGAGGGAGUGCGCUGCAUGGAGCUGCAGGAUGGUUAUGAGUGUUUAACUGAAGCCAUUUUCCAGGACAAUUCUCUCCAGUACGUUGCCCAAAGCUCCCUGCUGAGCUCCAUAACCAACAUCACCAUGAACGUACGAACACGGGAUGAGAACGGGAUCUUGCUGCGUUCUGUCAACACAACCGAGGUCUUCUGCCUGGGCCUGCUCAACUCCAGCCUGCUGGUCAAACUGGACAGUGGGGAUGGUGCAGAGCUGCAGGCCUUCACGAGCGACAGGACAAUCGCUGAUGGGGCAUGGCAUCACAUUCAGCUCACCAUGGUUGACCCAACACAGUCAGAGUCGCGCUGGCGCCUCACCGUAGAUGGACAGAGAGCUGGUGUCAGCUUUGGAACAACUGGCAACCUCAACUUUCUCAAUGACACCAAAAUCUGGCUGGCAGAAAAAUACACAGGAUGUUUAGGAGAGGUGAGGCUGGGUGGGGUCUACCUACCGCUCAUAAAGGUAGCAGAUCCACCUCAGAUGAGCCGAUUCACCAGAGUGGGUGGCCACGAGCCAAGCAUUGGGUGCCGAGGUGCACCUAUUUGUGAUUCGCAGCCCUGUCUCAACCAGGGCGUGUGUCAGGACCAGUUUAAUGAGUUUAACUGCAGCUGCACACCUGGAUGGGAGGGGGAGCUGUGUGAAACAGAGAUAAAUGAGUGUUCUUCAACGCCUUGUGUCUACGGGACAUGUAAAGACCUCCUGGCAGACUUCCAGUGUGAAUGUGAGCCUGGAUACAAAGGGAAAGACUGUGGGGCAGAGGUGGAUAACUGUCUGGAGUUCAAGUGUGAGAAUGGAGGAGACUGUGUGGAAACACAGGAAACUCACACCUGUUCGUGUCCUCCUGGCUACAUUGGAAAGCGUUGCCAAUGGCGUUUUCCUCCUGUGGCAUGCAAUGCGAACACUGAGUGUCUUAACGGAGGAGUUUGUAUUGGAGGCGACUCUGGGGGCAACUGUACCUGCAAGCCAGGAUAUGCUGGAGACAGGUGUGAGACAGAAAUAGAUGAGUGUGAGUCCAGCCCUUGUCUCAAUGGUGCCACCUGUCUGGACAGACUCAACCACUUCCAGUGUGUGUGUGUGUCAGGAUACACUGGCACGCUUUGCGAUAGCAAUAAAGAGGAACAAACAGAGCGAGUUCCAUGGUUGGCAGUGGCCAUUCCUUUGACCACUCUAUGUGUCUUACUGGCCAUCCUGGUGGUGUUUUUUCUCAUCAUGACAGCACGAAAGAAGCGUCAAUCAGAGGGCACAUACAGCCCCAGCUCACAGGAGGUAGCUGGGGCCAGACUGGAAAUGGGCAGCGUCCUCAAAGUGCCCCCAGAAGAGAGGCUUAUCUAAGGCUUGAAGCCUUUCCUCACAGACUUACAUCCAAAGGAUGCAUAUUAAGGGCGAGAGAUCAAAUAGUCCUCAGUGUUAUCCUUUGCACAAGGAAAGAGGUAACAAAAUAAUCAGUAUCACAUUUUCUCUCUAGAAAAACUUGUGACAUUCACAACUUAUAGGUGAAGACUUCAACGUGGAUGCUGACAGAGGCAAACUCAGACUGCGCUGGUAGAAAGAGUUUGGUCAUUCGAUGUUUAGCUCUCGUUGGGCGUUGCUUUUCACACUAAAUCUGUUUUGCAUAAAUAAAAAGGAAAGACGAAAAAAACUGCACCACAACAAGGGCUCGGGAGUAGAGCGAGAGCACCACAGAGCCCAACACGUGGAGCUGAACUCCAAAGUGCUCAGGUCCAGAUCGAGUCUGAGCUUUUAUGGGAUGUGAUCAGAAGCUAAACGGACCAAAAUGUCUGCUGCUCGUCCCAGUGACAGACCCCAUGUUUUAACUGAGAGAGCCAACGUUAGGUUUUCACGCUGUGGCUGAUCUGUGCAUGUUGCGCACUACUUUGUUCCCCACUAUUUGUGGUAGUUGUAGUUACACACUGAAGUUUUAGAUUUUUCUGGAGCCAGACGUCAUUUUUAUAUCCGUCAUCUCUUUUGCCAUAUUGGGUUUUGCCAUCUGAUUUUCCUUUCUUUCCUUCCACAGUGAAGCUUUUUUGUCUGAAAGAAUGCAUUUUGAAUUAAAUUACCUUGAUGUUAAAUUUCUAAUUCAAGAAUGCUGCCAGGGAUUCCACUUGCCUAAUAUAAACGAUGUCCCACUGGAAAAGAGCAUUGUUAACGUUUUAAAAUCAGUCAGGUUACGAGCGACUCAACUACAGUCAGGCGUUGGGUAUUGGCUAAGUUGAUACAGUGGGGCAAAAAAGUAUUUAGUCAGCCACCGAUUGUGCAAGU